GCCCCGUCCCCCACCCCUGGGUGCCGCGCGGCGAGGGGGCAGCUGGGCCGGCCGUGGGGCGGCGGCUUCACGCGGUGUCGCUCUCCGCAGGCGUUCCGGCCGCCCCGCCUGGAGCUGCGGCGAUGGCGUCGGUCACGAUGGCCACCUCCGAGUGGAUCCAAUUCUUCAAGGAAGCCGGGAUCCCCCCGGGCCCCGCGGUCAACUACGCCGUCACGUUCGUGGAUAACAGGAUCCAGAAGAACAUGUUGCUGGAUCUCAAUAAGGAGAUCAUGAAUGAGCUAGGUAUCACGAUAGUGGGUGAUAUCAUUGCCAUUCUCAAGCACGCCAAAGUGGUCUACCGGCAGGAAAUGUGCAAAGCUGCAACAGAAUCAGUGGCCUCCAGCCAAACUGCUUUGCAGUCUGAACUCCGCAGGAAUGCUGCUAAUACCGCUGCCACCAGGAUGAUAGCCAACAGUUUGAGCCGGGACUCCCCACCUUCUACUCCUGCUCGGAGGCCUGACGCCAGUGCCUCCAAAAUCUCCAUCACCGUAUCCAACAAAAUGGCAGGAAAAAACACCAAAGCAGCUGUUUGCGCUCCUAGGGCUGAGAACUCCACCAUCCCAGUGAAACGGCGUCGUGUCACAGCAGAGAUGGAAGGGAAGUAUAUUGUCCACAUGCCCAAAGGAACAACUCCAAGGACCAAGAAGAUCCUGGAGCAGCAGCAGGCAGCAAAAGGUUUGCAAAGAACAUCUGUGUUUGACCGACUCGGUGCAGAGACUGGUGCAGACGCAGCUGCAGGAAGCAAGCCCACUGGAGUGUUCAGCAGGCUGGGGGACAUGCAGGAGGCAGAGGAGGACAAAGGAGCUGACAGUGAUGAUGACAGCUCUGUCCUGCAAUACGCAGGAGUGCUGAAGAGAUCCUCCUACCCUGACAAGCCCAAGGAUAGCUGCAAAGUUGGGAUGACUGUCAAAGCCAAAGCCACCAGCUCUGAGCCCAAGCAGGCAGCAGCAACAGCUGCAGCCACAAUCCUGCGACUGGGGUGCAAGGGUGUGGCUGGACCUGCAGCUCCCGCCAAGGAAGGGAGGCAGGCCUCGUCUCCUGCCCCGGGCAGCGUGGCCAAGAGACUGGGCAAGCGCCUGCUGAAGCCACUUGAGGCCCAGGACAGCAGCGUUACCAGCUCCAGGAGCAAGCCUGACACUUCGUUCCGAGUCACCAUAAAGAGAACUUUAGGGAGCUCCAAGGUAAGCAGCUCCAGCUCAGCAGAGGCCCCCAGCGCCCAGAUGGACCAUGCGGGCACAGUCAGUGUCUUUAAGAGGCUGGGCAGAAAGACUGUGUGAGCCUGGCCUGGGACCCUGCUUGGAGGGAGUCUCCAGGCAAGUCAAGGUGUGCAAGUGCGCACACGCGUGUUCAUCUUUCCCGUCGCCUCCCUUUGUGAUGCGAGUGGGCUGCAGCACUCCUGAGCUGAAGUGGGUCUGCUACUGUGAAGCUCCUGGUGUGUCCAAAGCUGCUUAGGGCUGAGCACAAGCCUUGCACUGUUGGCUGAGGCACGUGAAAGCCCAGUCCUGGCCGGGAGCGAGCACAUAGAAGGCCCGGAAGAGGCAGCGAGGGAUUCUGGGCUGCCCCCUGAACAUGCCUUUUGUUUUUUUCUCUGCAGGUGCUUGCUCUGUCCUAGGAAGUAGUGUCCAUAGGCGAGACAGAGGUCCUGGGCUUGGGAGAGGCAGGCGGUCCCUUCCUUCUUUCCCCUUCUCUAUCCUGAGCUUCCAACUGCCACAUCCUGGAACGCCCACAUUCCAGGAAGGGCAACUGAGUGGGUGCCAGACAUUUCUUUUUAGUGGAUGCUGGAGCUGUGCAGUUGGCAAGGAUGGUUCCAGUGCUGCACUGGGUUUCACAUCCUGCAGCUUUUCUUUCACUUUCUAUUUUCUUAGACUGGUUGAGAAACAUCCUUUCUUGUCUAACCCUGGCACGUACAAGUGGAAUCAUAAUUUCACAUGUUAGAAUUCUUCACUGGUCUAACUCUGUUUCUUUUGCCUGGACUCCCAAAUUGAGCUGUAUGGUUCUUGGGUGGGGUGGUGCACCUUGCUUUCCCUGCAUUCCCUCUUAGACCUUUCUUGAGCAAACCAAAAGCAUACCCAGGUUUUUU